AUGGUUUCGCCUGCUGCCCAUAUCCGGCAUUCCGGGGGCGUUUCGGAUGGUCGCCACUGGAGAGCGGCCGCACCCGAGGAAGGCCGUGUCGGAGGACCGGAGCUCACUCGCCGCGCCACGGGCGCCAGAAAGGACACCGAUCUCGGAGAUGGACAGCCGAUCUCGGAGCGGUCGAGGAGGACUCUGGAGUCUCCUGCCCCCGUCUGGGAGGAGGACGAGGAGUACUACGAGCUCAGCCCGGAGCCCGAGUUCGAGCGGGACGCCUCCCCCUACCUGAGCUCCGAGGCGGAACCCAUCCCAGAUCUGGAGCCCACCAUGGGCUCGUACCCGGCCCCUGAGCGCGAAGAGGAGGAGGAACCGGACAUCGAGAUUGACCCCGAUCUUGACGCUGACCUCGAGGUUGACCCGGACAGAGAGCCCUCCGCAGAAGCGGAGCAUGAGCCAGAGGUGAAGGCCAGUUCUGAACCUGCAGACGAACUCUAUCCAGAACAUGAUGCAGAGGAAGAGGGCUACCCGGAGCACGAGCAGGAUGCUGAGCACGAGGCUGUGCCUGACUGCGAGCGCUUUGGUGACGAUGUUGAGGAUGACGUACGUUUCGGGUCGCCACCGGCCCAGGGCCAACUCGCGGAAGAUUGCAAGGAUGCUGGUGCGUCGCUCGACCAAGACGAUCAGGCGCAAGACGCGUGCAAUGUCGUGGAUCAAGUGGUCACCAUGCCGGCCCUGGACGACGAGCCUCGGAGCGACGCCAGCGACGGCAGCCGAGCCAAACUGACACAGAUGAAGGUCACUCUGUGA